AUGGCACCCGGCGACUCCGAAGAACUCAACGUCUACAAAGGACUCUUUAUAGGUGGAAUGCCGCCCGAUUCUCAACACCUGGACGGAUUCCGCGGUUGUAUCGAGUUUGUUGAAGUUGGAUCGAUUGUGAUCGAUCACCCGGAAGAAGCCAGUACUGCAGUCAAUAUUGAAAAUUGUGAUUUGUAG